AUGCUCAAUCUACUGGGUUUCCUCGCCUUCCUGGCGCUGCAGUUGUGCGCCAGUGCCGCUCAGCGAGUUGUGGUCGCAGACAUCUGGAAGCCAGCACCGACGCCCACAUCCUCGAACAGUACCUUGCAGCGAAGAGAACUCAGUGUCCCGCUCACGCAGGCCUCAGACAGGACUCUCUAUCGAAUCGACAUUACAGCAGGAACGCCGCCUCAACAGCAAUCACUGCAACUCGACACCGGCUCUCGACGGGUUUGGCUUCCUGCCAUCGGCUCUUCCAUCUGUUCCAGCUCGUUAGUCGACUGCGCAGACCUUGGCUCGUUCGACAGCUCAGAAAGUUCCACCUUCACUUCUUCCGGCCAGACAGAUACGAUUGCUUACUCUGAUGGCAGCGGCGUCACCGGGCAGGUCUUCACCGACACCUUUCGUAUCGGCGGUCAAGCCGUGAGCAACCAGGUCAGCCUUCUCGGAAAGCAAGGCACGGACGUCCACGAAGGUGUCCUAGGAAUCGGCUUUCCAGCAUCCGCACCAACGAUCAACCACAACCUCGCCGCUCAGGGUACAAUCUCCAGCAAUAGAUACAGCAUCCACCUCAACAGCCUCUCCUCAACGACUGGCGGGACGAUCAUCUUCGGCGGAAUCGAUCUCUCCAAGUUCGUCGCGCCGCUGCUUCGCGUGCCUGUCCUAGGUUCCGACCUGCCAACGGUGGCACUCACUAGGGUCUCGACGUUGAAAGGUCGGGUUCCUACAGUUCAGACGGGUGCAGGGUACUCCGAGCCAGCUAUCCUGGACACCGGCACCACUCUUACGAUCCUUCCCACGGCAUUGGUUGACGAUAUUAUCGCCGUGAUGGGCGCGCAGUACUAUCCAGAUGCUACGAACGGCGUCACCAUCAUCCCAUGUAGCGCGUCCAGCAGAAGCCUGUCUAUCAAUUUUCACUUCGGUAGUUCUUCCGCGGGCCCGACGAUCAAUGUCCCGAUCUCCCAACUCAUUCUGGGAGGUCUAGGCACCUUAGAUGGAGUGGACAUGUGUCAGUUCGGUCUGUAUGCAAGCGAUGAGAGCAAUGGGGCGUUCCCGACGACGCUGGGGGAGACGUUCUUGCGGAGUGCUUAUGUGCUGUUUGAUCUUGAUGGAGGGAAGAUUGGAUUUGCUCAGGCGGUCGUGGAUGGUGUUGUUGGCAUAGCGAGGAAUGUUGUGGAAGUGUGA